AUGAACUCGCAACUCAGUAUUUCGUCGCGCACCACACAGACGUCGUCGGUUUUCUCCGCUGAGGAAGACGGACUCGACGCCAGAAUUAAGGAAAUUGAAGACUACUACGUGCGCACGCUGUUGGACGAGGAACCCAGCUUUGAACAGAAACCACGAAUCACGGGAUUCCCACUGCACACCAAGCAGCAGCAGCAGCAGCAGCAGCAUGUGGUGCGUCGCAGCGGGCAGAUGCCCGCUGCACCACAGCUAGAAGUGCAGAUCAAUCCUCAGUACAUGCCCGCCACUGGUGUGAUGCCAUUGACCAGCGAAAACCUUAAGCUCUUGCAAAAUCCGAAAUUGGCACCACAGAGACCCGAGUGUCUUGCACCACCAGAGGAACCCACAUCUGCACAAGGCUCUGGGUCUCGUGCUCACCAAAGCGCUGCGAAUGAAAAGUGCAACCGGACCCUUUACAAGACCGAGCUAUGCGAAUCGUUCUCAACCACCGGCCAUUGUCGGUACGGUUCAAACUGCCAAUUCGCACACGGUCUACAAGAGCUCAAGUUCAAAGAGCGUAACAACAAAUUUAGAACCAAGCCUUGCUUGAAUUGGAUCAAAUCCGGCUCCUGCCCCUACGGCCAGCGGUGUUGCUUUAAGCAUGGCGACGACGUGGACAUCGAAGUGUACUUGCAGGCAGGUCACAUUCCCAAUUCACAUCAUCUUGCGAGCGCUGGAACAGGACGCAGGAACCAUCACGCCAAUGUCCGGGCAUUGCAAAAAAUGGCAUGGUGA